GGGCAGUUCUGGGCACAAGUCAAAAGCAUCAGCAGAGAGCGAGGCUGCAUUAUUCAACAGAUCGUCUUCUGUACGCUCCUCUGGGACACGGCGCACACGCUCGCAGCAGCUUUUUCGUCUUCAAGAGGGCAAGGUAGGUCAAGUUUAUUCAUGGGGUACUAUCCAUACAGCAAUCUAGAGAGCUUAGUGAAGUUACAAACAAAAUAAGAAGCAGUAGAAGAAAUAUGACAUUUAGCAAACAUUAAAUAUUUGUUAAAAAAAAAGAAAGAAAACCAGACUGAAACGAAUAAAUCAAAAAGGAAAAGUAUUUAAAUUCUCUUUAAUUCUGGUUGUAAUGGAAAUAUAUUUUAUUCUGUGAGUCUGUUGGACUUGUCGAACUCUAAAUCUUCGACUACUUAGUCUUCACAUACGGAUGGACUCUGAUCGACCAACUGGUCCUGCCUGGAAAAAAUAAAAAUGUCAAAAUUUUGUUGUUUUGGAAAAAUAAUAGAAAAUAAAACUGGGAUCAGAUUUGUUGUGAAAUUGGUGCGAUAUAAAUAAAGAUUGAUAAAUUGAUUGAAAGGGUAGAGAAAGCAGUGUAAAGGUGGCCAGACUAACACCAUCUGUGAGAAUAAUCCAGGUCAUGACUUUUGCACUUUAGUCACAAUUUGUGGCACAUGAUCACUGAUUAACUCAUGACAGUGACAGAGAUACGACAGGUCCGUGAUCUCCUGGUGUUGGUGAAAUGUGUAUUUGUGGAAAUCAUCUGCAUAACUGCUUUAAUGCUGUGUGUGAUUUGGCAUAAAGAGACUGAACAAUGGGGGUCCUGAAACGGAGCCCUGUGGAACCCCGUGCACUUUUGAGAUUCAGACAUGGUUUGGCGCACUGCGUUACUAAAGGAAGGCAGCUCAGAUAAGUUUCUUGAAUAGUUUUCCUCUCCUUUACAGACAGUAACUCAUCCCCUUACACUCCUCGCUGAGCUGUCAUAACCAUGGAGACCCCAAAUAGGAAUCAGAGCAGCCGUGGCAGCCCGGUCUCCCCGGAACAUGCGAGAAGGCUGCAGGAGAAGAAGGACCUGUCCAAACUCAAUGACCGGCUGGCUGAGUACAUCGACAAGGUGGGCUCCCUAGAGGUCAAGAAUACCUCACUGCAUGAAGAGAUCAAGGAAUUAGAGUCAACGAAUAACCGAAAAUUGGAGAAAAUCAAGGAGAAGCUAGAGGACACCCAGAGGACACUGAACAAGGUAGACAGGGAGCGAGCACGCCUGGAGGUGGAGCUGAGCAAUUUGAGGAAGGAGUACAAUGAGCUUGAAGCCAGGUGAGGUGGAGCUUAAAAGGGAGGGGCUAUGUAAAAACUUUGUGACAUUGAUCAGCUAUAAAAGCUGAUUUAUUCCAAUAACAAGGGAUUUACCUUAAUUCACUCUUACAGUUUCUUACAUUCAUUCAUAAAAAUGUUUUUUUCUCUGUUAGCUGUAACUAUGUCCACACGUGUUGUCUAGUACCAAACAAAGACUGCUGUUUUUGUUGUGUUUUGACAGUGACAGAAAAAAUGAGUCUGACUUGGCGGCUGCUCGGACCCUGCUCAGCUCAAAAGAAGCCGACCUCACCCGCACCCAAAGGGAGAAGAGGGCCCUGGAGGCUGAGGUCAAGGACCUGAAGGUCCAGCUGGCCAAGGUGAAAAGGAUUCUCACUGAACUGAAGUGGUAGGGAGGCUGCAUCUCUCUGCUGAGGGCAGAAAAAAGAACAGCAGACAGUCACUAUUAUCAGUUUGGCCUGUAAAGGUUAUCUUCUGUUGAUGCAUUAUUGUAAAAGUUUGAUUUUCUCUAAAGACUGAAAUUGAUUUUUAUAUCAUCAGAAAGAUUUGAAGAUUUGAGGUCCUGGUUGUACGUAAACCCUGCAGACAGUUGAUCAUGAAUGAGGACAAGGUGUGGAGACACACAAGGUUGUAUUGUCUGCUGUUUGUUUUAUCAAUGAAUUUCACCACAGGACUGACUCUGGUUUCCUUGAGGCCUUACUCCACCUACUGGCCUCCUGGGGGAACUGCAGGUCAAACCGUGGUGCAUAGAUCACACCUGGAGCUGUGUUUGAUUUUUUUUCUUCGACGCCUCCAUUAAAAACACUUCCUUCCUCAUCUUCAUUUUUAUCCUCUCUCACCCCUCCCAGCUGGAAGGAAGCUUAGCUGAUGCCAAGAGGCAGCUGCAGGACGAGAUGCUGAGGAGAGUGGACGCCGAGAACCGCCUGCAGACUGUGAAGGAAGAGCUGGAGUUCCAGAAGAACAUCCACGCUGAGGUUCUCACUCUUCACCUCAACCCCUCUAUUUUAGUCAUCCGUCCUACUUUUCAUCUUUUUCCACAGGAUAUUGAUUUGCUUCCAACAACCUGCUUGUUUGUUUUUGCACUCCUGAUGCAGAUCAGCUCCACACAUGCACCUUUGUGUUUCCUUCAUUUCAGAUGUAUUUGAAAGCAAUCACACAAACAAGUACGAGUAGAAACACUGAUGCAUUGUGCGGUUUACUUCAGGUUUUGACAGUGUCUAAAACCAGAAACAAAUGAUUGUCGUCUGAGUUUUAAUGUCAUGAUUAGGGGUUUCUUUAAUGUCAACAGAGAGUUGGAUGUGUCUGCAGGAGCUCUGUACUGCUAAACAAGUAAUUACAGCUCAGCAACAGGCUGAUCAAUGCAGUUUAGUUCAUUAAUCAAAGCAGCUUUCUACAGGUGAAAUCGCUCAUAGUAUAAAUAAUCUAAAGGGUCAUAUAAGUUUUUUUUUUUUUCUGAGCACCAGUUUAAGUUACACAAACAGCUCAUGGAAAGUUUGUGAUAAUUAUCAGUCUCAUGUCUGUCUGCAGGAACAACGAGAGAGCCAGCGUAGGAUCGAGUCACUCAAAGAUGAGAUCACCAAAAUAAAACAGGAAGAGUAUGAAUGCAAGCUGGCCGAGGCUGUCGAUAAGCUGAGAGCCGAACACAAGGAAAACCUCCGCCGCUACAAGGAGGAGAAGGAGAAGACCCUCAACUCCAAAGUGAGUGUGGAUGCUGCAAGAGAAACAGCCCACCACUUCACCAGAAACAAAGUCAUGAAAAUAACUCACCUGUCUCUGCUCUUCAUCCUCUGAACUGAAAAUAGAAAUCUUUUGCAGGUUUUCUGGUAACAUUUUGUAUCUUGAAUAUUAUUAUGAGUGUCUGUAAUUUAAUGAGAUCGUUAAAUUUUAAUAGCCAUGAUCUGACAAACAGUCUGCUGGUGAGCUCUCUUAAGUUUACAGUAUGAAUAAUUUGUAGGGAAGACUGGGGUAAGAUGAGCCAUUUUUACUAUUUUGGAUCACUACAUCAAGGCAAUCAUAGUGUAUCUGCAUAUAUUUCAAGAUGUUGUGCAUCCCUGCAGACAAACAGAAUGAGUGUAAACAUAACUGUCUUGAUAAUAUAGCAUGCUGAAAAAAAGUGGUCUCCUAUGGUCAACUUACCCAGUGUGUGGGGUAUGUUUGACUUCCAUGCAAGUCACAGUUUGUCCAUAGCUGACACCAUGUUCGAACAUAAGGUUGUUCAUCAGUGCUCCUAGCACCAUGACGGCCUAGGCUGUAGAUCAAUGAUCGACUUCAUAGUCAUAUCAUCUGAUCUGCCGCCCCAUGUUUUGGACACCCGGGUAAAGAGAAGUGCAGAGCUGUCAACUGAUCACUACCUGGUGGCUAGUUGGGUCAGGUGGCGGGGGAAACCGCCACGCAGACCUGGCAGGCCCAAACGUAUAGUGAGGGUCUGUUGGGAAUGCCUUGUGGAAGAACCCACAAGGCAUUCCCAACUACUGGCUUUCAAUUACCACCUCCAACAGAGCUUCAACUGCGUCCCGAGGGCGGUGGAGGACAUUGAGUCCAAAUGGGCUUUGUUCCGCUCUGCCAUUGUCGAAGAGGCUGUUGCAAGCUGCGGCUGCAAGGUUGCUGGUGCUGGUCGUGGCGGCCAUCCCCGAACCCGAUGACGGACGCCGGAGGUGAGGGGAGCCGUCAGGCUAAAGAAGGAGACCCAUAGGUCAUGGUUAGCCUAUGGGUCUCUGGAAACAUCUGAACGGUACUAGUUGGCUAAGCAGUUCGCGGCCGGGGCAGUUGCAGAGGCAAAAACGUGGGUGUGGGAGAAGUUUGGUGAGGCCAUGGAGGAAGACUUUUGUUCAACUCCAAAAAGGUUCGGGCAAACUGUCCGGCGUCUCAGGGGCGGCAGCUGGCAACUUGCCCACACCGUUCUAGAUUGGGGCGGGGAGCUGCUGACAUCACCUGAGGCAAUUCUCCGGUGGUAGAUGGAAUACUUUGAGGAGCUCCUCAAUCCUACCGUCAUGCAUUCCCAAGGGGAAACAGAGUUGGGGGACCUGGAGGUGGAUCGUCCAAUCACUGGGGUAGAAGUCGCAGAGUUAGUAAGACAACUCCAGGGCGGCGUAGCUCCUGAGUUUAGGCCCUAAAACCAAGCCUUGUGGGACUCCACAUUCAAAGUUCAUGUAGUCAGACAUGUUUCCAGAAAAUUGCACAUAUUAUUUUCUGUUAUGUGCAGGUGAGGGACUUGGAGGAUAAACUGGAGAGGAUGCAGCGUCAGUUGGACAAAAAGGACCGAAAGAUAGAUGAGUUGGAAUCUCAGAAGAAGCAGCUGGAGGAGCAGUUCCGUGGUCUGCAGGACAUCAAAUUGGCCCUGGAUAAUGAGCUCAGUACCUACAAGAAGUUACUUGAUAAAGGGGAGGAGAGGUGAGAUUCAAACAAAACCAGACACAGAUCUCCAGUGAGGCUACUUUUAGCUUUAUAUUAAGAUGAUGAGACAAGAUCAAACCUCAGCAAGCAGUGAUCGUUUGGAAAAUAGUGGAAGGUGACCAAUGAAGAGGGCUACUUUUUCUGAAUCCAGGUCUGAACUUAAGCCUUCUGAACGCCUCUGAGAGAGAGGCGGACACAGACUCUGAUCCAGACUAAAUCACAGAGUAUCAGUUUUCACAGCUGAACGGGAUGAAACCCUGAUAGCAAAGGCACCAAAAUCCCGUAGAGCAGUUCUGGCACAUUUUUACUUCUGAGGUUUCAUCAGCCAGACAGUUUAAGCUGUAACAGUUGCUGGUUUGAAACCCUUCAUUUUCUGCCUGUCUUCAACUGUCUGAAUCUCUCUCUCUCUCUCUAGUCUCUCACCCAGCCCUGAACGCAGGUCCCAGGGGAUGAGGACCCCAGGUUCUGGCCGGGGCUGCACUCGCCACCUGUUUUCCUCUGGCGUCAGCCCUCCCAACCGCUGCAAGUCUUGUGGCAGCCCCAUAAAACGCAGCCUCAGCGACGCCUUCAGUGAGACCUCCAGCAUGGCAGGGGACUAUGGGGACUUCACUCGCACAUCUCACAGGGCCACAGCCCGUCGUUUUGUCACUGUGGCUGAAGUUGACCUGAUGGGCAAGUUCAUCCGUCUAAGCAACAUGGGUGAUAAGGUGAGUGACCUGUCUCUGUCAGCUGGUACUGUAAAUCGUUUUGAGAGGGUGAGAUGAGAAUAAGAAUAACUUUAUUAAUCCCAGAAAAACAUUAAAACCGCUGACUUUGUAAUUUUUUAAUGAAUUACUUGACUUUUAUAGGUUCAACAGAAACCUGAUUUCAUUUAGACACGUUGCCUUUAUUUAUGGCUGCAUAGGAGAGUCUGACUGUCGCACUUUCAUGCUGUUUAAGGCCUGAAUAGAGACAGAGAGUGAUGGCAGGGAGUUAUCAAAUCUAAACAUGUAACAUCAUUAUUAACCACUACCCUAUCUUCUCUUCUGCAGGAUCAGUCUCUGCAUAACUGGCAGGUGAAGAGACAAGCAGGAGGUAGGACCCCAAUGGUCUAUAAGUUUCCCCCAAAGUUCUCUCUGAGGGCCGGAGGAAGUGUGACGGUAAGUCUCUCCAAGAUCAAGAAGAGACGGUUGACCUGCAGUUAUCGGUCAAACUGUUAUUUGAAGGGAUGGGAAUGGUUAAGGUUUUUUUUUUUUACCAGUGGUUAAGCAAUAAAAAGCGCUCUUUGGCACAAACGUGUUAACAUUAUAGAUAAAUGUCUGACCUGAGGAAGAAAGUUAGAAGGACACUCUUUGGGGCACCUUUUAAAACUUUAAUCUGUUGUUUUUUUAUCACUAGAGAUAAGGAUUUAUUACGAAAAUUCAUGAUUUCUCUUUAAUGUUGACUUUUGACUUUGGUAGAUCUGGGCCGCCUCUGGUGGUGGAACCAACAACCCCCCUACUGACCUGGUUUGGAGGAACCAGGACUCUUGGGGCACCGGGGAUCACCUGCUGGUCACCCUGAUCAAUGCCAGUGGAGAGGUGUGACUCCUCCUGUGUUUGUUUGAGCUGGUCGUGUAUUUCUGCUCCUUUUAAAUGCAAUGACUGAAUUGUUUUCUCUUAUUUACCACCAGGAAAUGGCCAGGAGGUCAGUGACUCGCCGAACCGUUUCCCGUGACAACAGCGGUGAUGACAGUAUGGUAAACUGAAAACACACCUUUAGCUCACACUUCAGGAACAUCAAACUGUGCUGUGGCUGCAGCAUCUCUCAGAGGGGCUCCUCUUUAGGUAUCUCAUCCUGUUAUCUGUCGCCCCCUGCAGGAAGUCCCCAGCACCAGUGGUGCAGAGAACGAAUACAACCUCCGGAGCAGGGGCAGCGGUGGACAUGAUGAUGCCAAUGGACAUUAAUCCCAAAAGCUCAGACAGGUACAGAGCAGUAGGAAGAGUAUAAACUACAGAAAAACUGCUUUGUCAAAAGUAUUGGCUCGAUUUUCACUAUAGUUUACAUGUUUGGAGGACUUAGACCACAGUGAACAAACAUUCAAAUUUAAUGUUCUCAUGAGGGAUCAGUAAUCAAUUACAAAUAAAAAGUUCUGUCUGCUCUGAUUUGCUUUGAAGCCGUCUAAUACCUAAGCUUAUUGUUUUAAAAUAUGCCAGCAUCUUGUUUUUUAUAUUCCUGAAAACAGAUAAUUUUCCUGGGGAAACAGCUGUGUUUGAUCAGAGGGUAAGAAUAUCCUUAAAAGAACCUCUGAGGCCCAGACAUCAGCCCAGCUCCUGUACCCCCCACAGAGAAGAACAGGUUUUUAAGGGUUGCUCACAUUUAAUGGCCAGACUCUUAACACUUGGCAUGCACAGCUAGUGAAAGCAUAUCAUGUCAUCUUUGAGCGCAACAAAAGCAAAACAGAUCAAAUGUGGUUUCGUUUUGAUAAGAUUAGAUGUCUGCGUGUCUGCAGGUAGAUUUGAACCUUGGAGGUAGACCAACAGGUCCAGUUUCUGGAUGCAUUUUGCAUGCAGAGAAAAUGAUCGUCUGAGGGUUUUGUUCUGCAGUUUACAAAUCAGAGAAAUACUUUUAUGUUAAGGUGCUUGUCUUGAAAUAGAGUUUAUGGCUGUUGGAAAAAAAGAGUUUAUUUAAAAACACUGAGAACAAAACAGAAAAAAAAAAAACAAUCGGUGUAGGACUUUAAGAAUUUUUAUACUCCAGUGUAAAACAAAUCACAGCAUCUAAAUCUGUUAUUGUUUUUCUACUUUUCGUUGAACCUAAGUGAUGUUUUUUUUUUUAACCAUGUUAGAUUUUUGUGCCUUAAAAUGAUGCUUUUAUGCAGUGAUUUAAAAAAACUGUUGAAGAACUCAGGCUGGCUGGAGGACCUCAGGAUUUAAAAUGACGAAUUAUGGGAUUUCUUAUUAUAAGCCUGAAAUGCUUAAAUUGUAAUUUUAUGUAUUUUGAUUUUUUUUUAUAUAUCACUAUUGAUUAAAAAUCUUUGUUUUUCCACUAA